AUGCAUCGCUUUACCGAUAUCGAAUCAACUUCAAAACGACUACCACCUGUCUACGGAUACUUGACUCAUCAAUUAGUAUCUUUAUCGAAAACUCUUGAACCGAUCUUCUCGACAAUUGAUCAACUGGAUCGUUUUAGUAAAAUCGCGAAAAACGGAUGUCAUUUUCCUUCUGAACAUGGGCUUAGUCGCGACGAGUCAGCUGCUAUUUAUCUUUAUACAAUGGAAUGGGGAGAAGAUAGUUUCCAUCGAGUAAUUAAUCGUGCUCUACGUGCUGAAGAUCGAUCGUCAAUAAAACCAUGGUUUGCUUAUCUUAAGCUAUUCGAUGUAGCUCUACAAAAAUUACCCACGGUUCGAAAGAAUCUGUGGUGUGGUGUUCCCAGAGAUAUAACAACAAACUUUAAGAAAGGCGACGAAUUUACUUGGUGGACCAUUAAUUCAUGUUCCACUUCUGAUAAUAUUGUCAAAGAUCUUCUCGGACCAAAUUCAACAUUAUUUUUGAUUGAGGCAAAAAAUGGAAAAGAUAUUUCGAGUUAUGCCAAUUGUCCAAAUGAAAAUGAAGUCAUUCUUUGCCCAGGCACACGACUUCGUGUUGUUAGUGAUCCUAUAGAUCAAUCACCGAUGCAUUUAAUCCAUUUGCAAGAAAUUACUGAUGAAGAAGAAGAAGAAGAAUCACUAUCGACAGCUCUUAAAACUGUGAUAACCACGCCCACACCAACCACUGUUCAAUCCUCACCGGUGCAUAUUCAUACUGAUCAAUGGGGUAACAGAUACGAAGGAGAAAUGAAAGACGGAAUAGAACACGGCAAAGGCCAUAUGGAAUAUACAAAUGGUGAUAAAUACACAGGUAUUUAUGUCGAAGGCGACAUAACAGGUCAAGGUGUCUACAUUUUUGCUAAUGGCAAUCGAUACGAAGGACAAUGGAAAGAUAAUAAGAUACAUGGAAAAGGUCAAAUGAAUUAUGCUAGUGGCGAGAAAUACACAGGUGAUUAUGUCGACAACAAGAGGACAGGCCAAGGUAUAUAUAUCUUUACUAAUGGUUCUCAAUACGAGGGACAAUGGAAAGAUAAUAAGAUGCAUGGAAAAGGUCAAAUGGAUUAUGCUAGUGGCGAGAAAUACACAGGUGAUUAUAUUGACAACAAGAGAAUAGGCCAAGGUGUCUACAUUUAUGCUAAUGGUAAUCGAUACGAAGGACUAUGGAAUCAUAACAAGAUGCAUGGAAAAGGUCAAAUGACUUUUGUAAAUGGUGAUAAAUACACAGGUGAUUGGAUCGAAGACAAGCGAACAGGUCAAGGUGUCUACACUUUUGCUAAUGGUAGUCAGCAUGAGGGACAAUGGAAAGACAACACAUUGCAUGGAACCGGCAACAAGCCAUAUGCUAAUAGCGCAGUAAAAGAGGAAAUGUGCAUAAUCCAGUGA